UGUAGUCGUUUUUCAACAAUGCUUGUAAAAGACAAAAAGGACCCCGCACACCAAUAAAUACCAUUAUUACUUUAUUAGCAACUAGCAAUAUCCCCAAUCUUUCAGCUCAACUCAACACCCAAAUUCUGAAAUUCUGAAGUUCCUCAACCAUGAAGAAAUCUCCAUUAGUUUUGCUGCUAAUCAUAUUCACAACUCUACAAUUGCAGAUAUGGAAAUCGAAUUCGCAACAAACAUAUGUCAACAACAACCAGUUAGACUGUAACAACAACUCCAACAACACAUAUGGUUUCCAAUGCAAUGGAAACAGGUCAUGCACAUCCUAUGUCACUUUCCGGUCACUACCGCCUAACAAUACGCCCCCGAACAUCGCCUUCCUCCUUAACUCCAGCGCCUCCGCCAUCGGCCAGCUCAACAACAUCUCAGAGUUGGACCCUAUCCCUGAAGGAAGGAUGAUCAUUGUCCCUGUACCCUGCUCCUGCAGCAGGACAAGAAGCCGCAACACUAGUUAUUACCAACAUAAUGGGCGUUACAGGCUGCAGAACAUGGGUGAAACCUAUUUCUCAAUGGCAAAUAACACUUAUCAGGGGUUAACCACAUGCCAAGCUAUGAUAGCUCAGAACAAUUUCAACAUCACCAACCUCCAAAUUGGGGAUGAGCUUUUGGUGCCUCUCAGAUGUGCCUGCCCUACUGAUCGGCAGGUGAGUCGAUACAGGUCUCAGUAUCUGCUAUCCUACAUUGUUACCUGGGGUGAUACUAUCUCUCACAUUGCUGAUAUGUUUGGGGCUGAUGUACAGACUGUUUUGGACGCUAAUGAGCUCAGAGUUGAUGAUGUUAUCUUUCCUUUUACACCGAUUUUAGUGCCUCUAACAUCUGCUCCUACUCAUAUAAACCUUCCCUUGGUUCCACCUGUUCUGCCUCCUCAAUCUGAUUCUCCUCCUGUUAGUCCUGAUAAUGGUGGUGGUGGUACUUCUUCCAACAACGGGGUGUUUAUAGGAAUUGGGAUUGGAGCUGGGGUUUUGGUGCUUGGUCUUGGUUCGUUCCUAGUUUGGUUAUUCCUAAUCCGUCCUUCAAAGAAGAAGCCGCUUCCUAUAUUUAAGAUCGCGGAGAAAGGUGAGAAAGUUUCUGAAUCAUCAUCCUUUUUUACACCCACGCCUGUAUCUUAUACCACUAGUCACAUCAGCACAAGAUCAUCGUCUGUUGAUUUGGAUGGGUUGAGGCUUGCGAUUGGGUCAUUGACGGUUUACAAAUUCAAGGAAAUAGAGAAAGCAACCGGGAAUUUUAGUGAGGGAAAUAGGAUUAAGGGCUCAAUGUAUAGAGGCGAAUUCAACGGUGAUGAAGCUGCAGUCAAGAUCUUGAAAGGUAAUGUUCCUAAUGAUGAGAUCAAUAUUUUGAAGUAUAUCAACCACUCCAACAUAACUCGGUUGUCUGGGUAUUGCACACAUGAGGGAAAUACUUACUUGGUAUUUGAGUAUGCUGAGAAUGGUUCACUAGACAACUGGAUUUUUCACCAAAAGAAGCUCCAAUCUGAAGAUAACGAUUUGCUCUCCCCGCCUGUUCUUAGUUGGAAACAAAGGGUCCAAAUAGCCUGUAACAUAGCUGAUUCCCUGAACUACUUGCAUAGCUAUAUUCACCCUCCUUACAUCCACAAGAAUCUCAAGAGUAGCAAUGUACUCUUAGACAACCACUUCCGUGCAAAGAUCACAAAUUUCGGGCUAGCAAGAACUUUCCAAGACGAAAGUGAAAACGGGGAAUUACACUUAACCAAACACGUGGUUGGAACUCACGGUUACUUAGCCCCCGAGUACAUAGAAAACGGGGCAGUGACAACCAAACUAGACGUGUUUGCUUUCGGGGUUGUACUUCUUGAGCUCAUGUCAGGAAAACCAGCAGUAAAACCAUCAGGAACUAACAAGGGAGGUGCAGAUGAUAUGUUGUUUAUGGUAAUACGAAAAGUGUUCGAGGGGGAAAAUGUGAGGGAGAAACUAAUGGAAUUCAUAGAUUCUAAUCUAGGAAGGGAGUACCCCUUGGAUUUGGCAUACACAAUGGCUCAAUUAGGCAACAGAUGUGUCGACCGAGACAUGAAUUCUAGACCAUCUAUGUCCGAGGUUUCAAUGACACUCUCAAAGAUAUUCUCAUUGUCUUUGGAUUGGGAUCCAUCAGACGAACUUGCAAAUUCAUCUUCCUUAAGCCACACAAGAUAAUCUACUACUACAUUCAACAUUUGCUAUCAUCAUUGUACAAUGCAAUUCAAAUCAAUACUAGUUAUAGUUGAUAUACUCGCAAAUGUAUUGCCAACUUUCAGAAUUACUUAGCAUAGAGAAAAAUCUCAUGUAUUACUUGCUUGAAUCAUUUGAUAAUAAUGAUAAUCAUACAAUUUUUAUCCAAAUAAA